AUGUCCUCAAACGUCGGCCUCUCCACUCCCCGCGGAAGCGGUACCUCGGGCUACGUUCAACGCAACUACGCGUUCAUGAAGCCGCGCAACGCAGGCUACGGCGCGCCCUACCCGCCCGUUUCGGGCGCCAAUGCCAACGAUCCCAACCGCGGGUUUAAGCAGCGGCAGCCUGAUAAGCAGAUUCUGGAGCAUGAUCGGCGGCGCGCGGUCGAGGUGAAGGUUAUGGAGGAGAGGGAGCGGCUUGAGGACGAGAAUGAGCGGCUUGAGGAGGGGAAGGGCGAGGGCGAGGGCAAGGUGUUGUCGGAGGAGGAGAUUGAGGAGCGGUGUGAGGCGUUGCGGGCGAGGUUGUUGAAGGAGAUGGAGGAGGAGGAGAAUCGGAAGGGUGAUGCGGGGGCGAAUGGUGAGAGGGAUGAGGGGAGGGAGCGCAGGGCGUGGAGACGUGGGCCUAGGGAUAGGGAGCGGGAUCUGCCGCCGAGAGAGAGGAGGCAGUUCAAGUCGUAUCAGGUGCAUGAGCUUGCUGAGGCGAAGAUUGAGGAGAGCGAGAGGUUGAGGAAGGCGUUGGGGAUUCGGGAGGAUACGGAGACGGGGGAGAUCUCGAGUGGGAGGAAGGAUUACGAAGCCAAGAAGAGGGAUAGGGAGCGGUAUUAG